UAUGUAAGGGUUAAGAGAAUUUUGAGAGACAGGAAGACGUUAGCUAACACGUUUAUUUAAUUAAUGGAAUUAUUGAAUUUGGAUAAGAAUUAUCUGAUAAUUAGUUUGGCUUUAAAAUUAAGAUUUCUUUAUUGUAUUACAAUAAGUUGUUCAAUGUUAUCACAUAAGUAAUAUUUUUAAAUAUGAGUGUGAGGAGAUAGGGGGGACUAUCACUAAUGCAACAUUUUUAAAUCAAGUGUUCCUAAGUUGUAAGUACUCUUGUACUAUAUUGUAUUGUACUAUCUUAUAUUAUAUACAGCUGAACUAUCAGGGCAUAUUAUUCUAAAGCAAAAUUCUCAAAAAUGAAGGCUACCUUAGUUUUGGCUGUUUUGGUUUGCGUCGUAGGUUUAACCGUUAGUGCGCCCCAAACUAGUGACCACUGUAAUGCCUGUGUAGGUUUUUCGUCCAUGGUCAAGAACUACGUACUCAAUCAACGUCCAUUGGAGGAAGUUGAAAAAGACUCAGAGGAUUUAUGUCAACGUUUCUACGAUAUGAAAGUGAGAAAUUUUUGCGAAAAUAAAUUGAUUUCAAAAGUCGACGAAAUCUACUACCGACUCACCGACUGGAAAACGCCUCAAGAAGUAUGCGAAAUUUUGAAAUAUUGUUAAACACAUUAAUAUGAGUAUUAGAAAGUGUAAAAUAAAUAAAAAAAAAAAUUGUUAUUAAUAAAACGGGCAAAAAUAUUUUUGACCGGUAA